AUGAGGGUGCUUCUGCACUGGAGUGUUCUAACUCUCGCCUGUGUCUGGACCACCGCUAUGGAGAUUCCUAUGAGCACGGUGGUGAAAGAGACCUUGAUACAACUGUCCAUGCACCGAGCUCUCCUAACAAGCAAUGAGACGGUGAGGCUUCCUGUUCCUACUCAUAAAAAUCACCAGCUGUGCAUUGGAGAAAUCUUCCAGGGGCUAGACAUGCUGAAGAAUCAGACUGUCCGUGGCGGUACCGUGGAAACGCUAUUCCAAAACUUGUCGUUAAUAAAGAAAUACAUUGACCGCCAGAAAGAGCAGUGUAGCGAGGAGAGGCGGAGAACACGGCAGUUCCUGGAUUACCUGCAGGAGUUUCUUGGUGUGCUGAGCACGGAGUGGACAAUGGAAGACUGA